UCGGAGCGUAUCGCUGAGAGGAGGGGAGAAUGUACUACUUGGCUGCUGCUAGCUUUGCCUCUUCCCGACCGUGUGUGGUGGAAAUCGGCCGAAAUCAUAGCCUGCCUAUCGGGCUGUGUGGCUCCGAUGAGCGCCAGUCGUUAUAUGGCUAUAUCGUCGCGUUCCCUUUGCAGGAUUACGGGGGUAUCAUGUCUGUACUGGCUUCGGACUCCUGGUGGAAGAAGACGCUGUACAUCACCGGGGGAGCCCUACUGGCCGCUGCGGCUUACCUGCUGCACGAACUGCUGGCCAUCAGGAAGGAGCAGAAGUUGGACUCUAAGGACGCCAUCAUCCUCCACCAGUUCUCCCGCCCAAAGAACGGCGUUCCCAGCCUCUCACCAUUCUGCCUCAAGAUGGAGACGUUUCUGCGCAUGGCCGACCUGCCCUACCAGAACUACUUUGACGGGAAGCUGUCACCGCAGGGCAAGAUGCCCUGGAUAGAGUACAACCACCAGCAGGUGUCGGGGUCAGAGUUCAUGGUGGACUUCCUGGAGGAGAAGCUGGGCAUCAACCUGAACAAGAACCUCAGUCCGGAGGAGCAGGCCGUGUCACGGGCCAUCAGCAAGAUGGUGGAGGAGCAUCUCCACUGGACCAUCGCCUACUGCCAGUGGGUGGACAACGUGGAGCAGACCCGGGAGCUGCUGGCCAUGAGCGGCCCGCUCAGCGACACGCUGCGCUGGCUGCUCAGCGCGCUGAACGGCAGCGUGGUGCGCAGGGAGAUGUACGGCCACGGCAUCGGGCGCUUCUCCCAGGAGGAGGUCUAUGCCCUGAUGGAGAAGGACAUGAGGACCCUGGACACCCUGCUGGGAGAUAAGAAGUACUUCAUGGGCCCUAAGAUGUCAACGGUGGAUGCCACCGUGUUCGGGCACCUAGCCCAGGCUAUGUGGACGCUACCAGGUACACGACCGGAGCAGCUCAUCAAAGGCGAGCUCAUCAACCUGGCGCUGUUCUGCGAGCGCAUGCGCCGGCGCUUCUGGCCCGAGUGGUUCGUGGACGCCGAGGACCUGUUCUUCCAGGGCGAGAGCGAGGACAGCAGCGGCAACACCAGCAGGGGCCCGUCCCCCUCGGGCCUGCUGGACUUCGGCCUGUUCUCCCGCACCGACACGCUGGAGGACAGCGACGGCAGCGGCGGCAGCCGCUCUGGGACGCACACGCACUCCCCGGGCUCGGACCGCUCGCUGUUCGACUCGGACGUGGGCACGGGCUCCGACAACGACGCGCAGCUGAAGACCGCGACGAUGGAGGACGGGCUGGACGUCUGACCCGGCUGAAGAGAGGGAGUGAGAGAGACGUCUGAGGCCAAGGGUCCCCCCGACGCCGUCCCGUUAUUAUUAUUGUUACUUUUUCUUGCUCUCGAGGAGGCCGGCGAGAAACACACAGACUGGGGAAAGGGAACCUUGCUCUUGACGAUACCCUUCUGAGGUCGCCGUGUGCAUCGUGUCCGAUGGGAAGACCCGGGGAGAACCGUCUGCUACUUUGGUGUCAUGCAGAGCGUAUGAACCGAAUCCCGUUCCCCUCGUGCUACGCGGCGGCUCGUCUCAUUCCUCACGCCACAUCCGACCCUGUGGCGCCUCCUCUUAGGCCUUAUUUGUGUUGUGGUAGAAUACUAGAGCAGGGGGUGGAGGAGGAACAGGAAGGGGCUUGUUGAAGAGGGGCUUUGGGGAUGUGUGUGGCACAUUAUGUGGACAGAGUAGAGUAGAGCAACAGACGUGUGGUUCUGUCCUCCAUGUGUGGAACGAUGCAACAGAACCCUGGAGCGUGCAUCGAACAAUCCCAAUCCCAUCCAGCCAAUCAUAUGAAAGGUACUCCUGUCAAAGGUACUGGCUGCCAAUCAAUAUCGAGGCGCCGACCCCAUCCUCCCAGGGUUCUGGAGCGACCAAACUGGCUUCAUGAUGGAGUCUCUGGUCUGAUGAUGGGCCGAUGGUUAAACUGUGUCGUGUCAUGAUGUAGGGGGAAAUCUCUAAAGUGAAUAGCAACAGCCUUUUAAAACUUCCUCUGGCAACUCGAUUGGUCCAAAUACUAAACAAAAUAGCAUAUUUAUAUAUAUAUAUAUAUAUAAUGUAGGAGUUUGUAAAGACAGAGAUGCAGGCUGGUCAAUCCUUGAAAAGCAGAAAUAUACAAGUACUAAAUAUGACCACUAGAUGGCGAUAUCCCUUCAAGGUCAUAUGCCACAGAGGCCUUGGCAGCCUGCAUGUCUGUUUUAGGAGUAUUUUUAUGCAAUACGAUAUUGCUCCUUAAGUCUUAAGUUAUAGUUUAUUGUGUGUGUGUGUUUGUG